UUGGUUCUGGGCCGCUUGUUCCUGGUUCUGAAAGCCUGAAAGCCGGUUGACCCGAUGUUUCAUGGAACAAUCACUGAAGAGCUAAAACAUCAUAAAAAAUGGUGUCAAUAUAAUGAAAAUGUCACUGAAGAAAGGAAACAUUUUGUUUUUGCGAAAUUCAGUGGCCUUCAGUUAAGAUCUAUGGAAAAUAUGCAAUAUUUUGUCUCUAUUAAAGUAUGCAUAUUCUCAAAUAAUUUUAUUACAGAUAUUCACCCACUUAAAAAUUGUAAAAAAUUAAUCAAACUCGAUCUCCAUGGAAAUCAGAUAAAGAGUCUGCCAGAAGGAGAAUUUUGGAGUGGAUUCAAGGAUUUAAAACUCCUCUUUCUUCACAACAAUGGUAUUUCAAAAUUGAAGAAAAUUUCUGUAUUAUCUGCUUGUCCAAGCCUCGUUGCCCUCACUUUGUUUGAUUGUCCAGUGAGCCUUAAAAAAGGAUAUAGGCAUGUAAUUGUUAACAGCAUAUGGCCCCUCAAAGCACUGGAUUAUUAUGUAAUUUCUGAUGAAGAAAUAGUUCAUAACUGGAAACUUCCUGAAAGAUUUAAGACAUUUAGCCAUCGAUUGUUCUUUAACUUCUGCCCUGCUUUGAAAAAGGGAUCAACCUAUGAAAAGGAAAUGGAUAAUAUUAGGUAUAUUAUUUCAAAAAUUAACAGAAUUCUGGCUCAUCAUUCACCGAUUUUGAUUCUUCAAAGAUAUGUGCGUGGUUACUUGGUUAGAAAAGCUAUUUGCCCUUUUCUGAAUAAAAGGAAGCAUAAAUACCUGACAGAUUAUAAGAAAAAAUGGAUUUACAUACACAAAGGAUAUGAUAAUAAACACUUUAAAGAUCUCUGUGUUCAACCUGAAACAAAUAUAAAAGGAAAAAUUUCACGGAAACAUAACAAGUAUUAUAUCCUGCCACUAUGUCAUUAUUCAAAACAUAGAAAGAAGAUCUCAGACAUAUUAAUAUUAUUGAAACUGAAACCCAUAGAUUUAAGUAAGUUUUCAGAUCACAUAGUAACUGGUCAAAGAGAACCUCAAUAUGGCACUAUGGAUGAAGUAAAGGAUACAAGUUUUAAGAUAUCAGUGUUCAAAGUACCCAUACACACUUCAGAUUCAGUGAAGUGGGCUUCAGGACUCAAAACGAAAGAAAGAGAUUUUUCACCUGUGUAUCGUCAACCAUCAUUUACCUCUCUUCAAAAACAAGUAAAUACCAAAAAAGACAUUAUGCUAAAUAAGAACAUAAAAGAAUUUUUUGCAGUGCACAGAGCUGGAAUAAAACUCCAACCACUUUGUGAUCUCAUAAAAACAAAUCUUCUAUUUGUCAGUCAUUAA